UCGCCUUUAAUCUUCCUCUUGCACUCGGAGAGGGGGAAAAAAAAAAGAAUUAUGCAAUUUAUGAUGAAUAUUCUCUCUUUAACAAAUUAUUAUUUCUUUUCUUGACCCCUCCAAAUCCUCAUUUUCUUUCAUGUUUUUCAUCAUCAUGCCACUCUCAAUCCCCAUCGUUUUGCCACCUUUUUCACUCAUUUGGUUCUAAUAUAUAUAUAUAUUCCAUCAUUCUAAUUUCCUUCUCCUUCAAUCCUUCCAUUUGAAAUAAAAGCGCAAUUAUUAUUGUUGUUGUUGCAGAUAAAUUUUUUUCUAUUUCAGAUUGAGGCGUAAUUAUUGUUGUUAUUGUUGAAUCUUGCAGCUGUUUGAGGUUGAGACGUAAUUAUUGUUGUCGUUGUUGCUAAAUGUCUCUCGUUCUUGUGUUUUUUAUUUGAAUCUUCCAUUUGACAUUGAAGCGCAUUUAUUGUUGUCGUGGUUGGAUUUUUCUCUAUUUGGAAUCAAGUAGUAGCUGUUGUCGUUAUUACUGAAUUUUGUAGCUGUUUGGGAUUGAGGUGUAAUUGUUGUUGUCGUUGUUGUUGCUGAAUCUCUCUCAUUAUUGUGCUAUCUCUUCAUCUCCAUUUCUCUACACUUUGUCCCCUAAUACAAUGGGGAAUUGUUGCUCUAGUGGGGAAGAAACAAAUGAAAUUACAAACAAUGAAAAUGGACAAACCAACAAUCCCAAAAAUGAAGAAAAUUCAUCAUCUACACAUAAUCUUGAUUCCACAACACCAACAAAAACAACCCCUCCACCUCCAACAACAACAACAACAUCCCCUAGCCCAUCAUCAAAACCAUCAAAACCAUCACCAAUAGGGCCAGUUUUAGGCAGACCAAUGGAAGAUGUUAGAACAACAUAUACAAUAGGAAAAGAACUUGGUAGGGGCCAAUUUGGUGUAACACAUUUAUGUACACAUAAACAAACAGGAGAACAAUUUGCAUGCAAAACAAUAGCAAAAAGAAAAUUAGUGAACAAAGAAGAUAUUGAAGAUGUUAGAAGAGAAGUACAAAUAAUGCAUCAUUUGACAGGACAACCUAAUAUUGUUGAAUUAAAAGGAGCUUAUGAAGACAAACAUUCUGUGCAUUUGGUCAUGGAGUUGUGUGCUGGAGGCGAACUUUUCGAUCGAAUUAUCGCUAAGGGACAUUAUACUGAACGUGCAGCAGCUUCAUUGCUGAGAACAAUUGUGCAAAUUGUUCAUACUUGUCAUUCUAUGGGAGUUAUUCAUAGAGAUCUUAAGCCUGAGAAUUUUCUACUUCUUAAUAAGGAUGAGAAUGCACCUCUUAAAGCUACUGAUUUUGGUCUUUCAGUAUUCUACAAGCAAGGAGAUGUAUUUAAAGACAUUGUGGGUAGUGCAUAUUACAUUGCACCUGAAGUCUUGAAAAGAAGAUAUGGACCAGAAGUUGAUAUAUGGAGUAUUGGAGUUAUGUUAUAUAUUCUUCUUUGUGGUGUUCCUCCUUUCUGGGCAGAAAAUGAAAAUGGAAUAUUCAAUGCAAUAUUGAGGGGACAUAUUGAUUUUUCAAGUGAUCCAUGGCCUUCAAUUUCCAGUGGAGCCAAAGACCUUGUCAGGAAGAUGUUGACCAUAGAUCCCAAGCAGAGAUUAACAGCUAUGCAAGUCCUCAAUCAUUCAUGGAUCAAGGAGGAUGGAGAAGCACCAGAUACACCACUGGACAAUGCUGUUUUACAUAGGCUCAAACAAUUCAGAGCUAUGAACAAGUUUAAGAAAGUUGCUCUUCGGGUUAUUGCAGGGUGUCUAUCAGAGGAAGAAAUUAUGGGAUUGAAGCAAAUGUUCAAAAGUAUGGACGCUGAUAACAGUGGAUCAAUAACAAUUGAGGAAUUAAAGCAAGGAUUAGCCAAACAAGGAACUAAACUAUCAGAUUAUGAGAUUAAACAGUUAAUGGAAGCUGCUGAUGCUGAUGGAAAUGGGACCAUAGAUUAUGAAGAAUUCAUCACAGCAACAAUGCACAUGAACAGAAUGGAUAAAGAAGAACAUCUUUACACUGCAUUCCAAUAUUUUGAUAAGGAUCACAGCGGAUAUAUAUCAAGAGAAGAGCUAGAGCAAGCUCUGCGAGAAUUUGGUAUGAAUGACGAAAAUGAUUUGAGGGAAAUCAUUGAUGAAGUUGACACUGAUCAUGAUGGUCGGAUAAAUUACGAUGAGUUUGUAGCAAUGAUGAAGAAAGGAAAUCCUGAAGCAGCAACAAUGAACCCAAAGAAAAGAAGGGAUUCAUUUGUUGCAUAAAUUUUCAUCAUCAAUUAAUGAAAAAUGUCUCAAAAGAAUGAAAGACAAUUAUGUUAAUUGUCCUUGUUGUAGAGAAGACCAAACUAUUACAUAGUAAAAAUUUCAAGAACCAUUCAUGAGACAUUGUAUAUUAAAUAUGAUAUUAAGAAGAAACACACACAUACACACAUUUACAAAGAAUAGAUUGUAAAAGUCAUGGCUAUGUUGAGAUUUGAGGGUUAAUAGGAUCUUCUAAUGCCAAACGCAGUUUGGUUAAAGCUUUGAUCUGAAAAGAAUGGAGGUCUUUCAGAGUAUAUAUGUAUCGAUACUUCUGCAAUUUAGAAAGUAGGUUUAAAAGUUCAUUUUAAUCCGUUACCUCUCAGAUAUUUUUCGUGUAAACAUCAUAUUCAUUCACUCCAA